AUGUCAACCCUCCAAUGUGUAUUUGACCUGCAUUAAUGUUAUGAUGAAAUGUGUCUGUAGGUCUUACUUUAUCUGCAAAAAUGAUGUUGGCAAUCCUCUGCCUGUGCCUGGCUAGCACAGUCUCAGCUGCACCUUCCUUCUUUCAUUACCUGCCUCAUUACGCAGGUUCUAGACAACAGGUUCCCCCCUCACAGGUGAAAAUCCCCUUCACAGCUGGUCAGGGUCUGCCACAACCUGGAUUACCUGGUGGCUACAGUGUGGAAUUUCUCUAUCCACACCAGCCUGUUGGUGGUGCAGGUGGAUCAAACACCGCACAGCCCUUUCCCUCCCACGGUUUCAUCAAGUACUCCAUUCCUCAGCCACCAGGCAGACAGAGUGUGGAAGUGUACUACCCCUAUGACUUCUACCAGCAAAGGAUACUCACAAACAUCCCGCCAAUGACAAACGUCCCUCAGAUACCAAAUGUGAUGCCAUUUGAUCAUCCACCUCAAAAUAUUCCCCAAAUCCCAAAUAUUUCCCCAUUUGCUGCCAGUCCUCUCCCAUCCCAGGACCCCAUGCAACCUCUCCAGCAGGACCAGCCCACACAGACAAGCCAGGUGCCGUUGAAGGUGUGAAGUGAAUGAGAGAUGUGAAAAGGAAACAUAAAAAGUGUUUGUUCCAAUUCAGAAAUCUGCAGUUAAACAUAUGAUGUCAAAAGUUUCACACUAAAUCUAUUUAUGCAACAUUUGUAUGUGCGUACUCAAUUUAAAACCAACUGUUUAGAUGAUAACCAAAUAUCCUGAUUUUGAUUUGAAAAUAACUUUAAACUAAAAUAUGACAAUGUCAUCUGCAUAGAAGGAAACAUAUCUCUGAAGAAUUUUCUGCUUUACUUUGUAGUUUUAAUCUCCAUUCUGUUGUUUUAAUGAAGCACUUUGUAAUGCUGCAGUACCAUAGUAUAAAAGUAUGUACUGCAUGUAUUUGUUAACUAAUUUGAACCUUUACUUAUAUGUCAUGUUCAUUAAGAAUUAAAGUCAACGUUUUCAAGCAAA